GGGAGCGCGGAAGCGGGAGGAGGGUCCCGGAGCCCGGGUCCCAUUCGCGGGCGCUCUGAGCCUGCGUCCGCGGAGGGGGAGGGCUGGCCCGGCCCGGCCGGAGUGGCGGCGGCGCUCCCGGCGCGCAGCACACACCACCGUCCGGGGAGCGGAGGCGCGCGGAGCUGCCGGAAGUGUCUGCGGACCGGAGGGAACUUUCCUGCUCCCGCCGCGGCCCGGAGCCCGCCGCCUGGGUGCCGCAGCGACCAUGCGCCGCCAGGGCGACACCCUGAGCGGACCCGCGCCUCGGCCCACCCCCGGCGCCUGCGCCCGCCUCGCCCCCAGGGCGGCCUGAGUCCCCCCGCGUCCGCGCGCCACGGGAGCCCGGCGCCGACGGCGGGGCGCGCGGGGCCCGCUUCCUCUGCGCAGUCCCCUCGCGUCCCGGCGCGGCCCCCGCGAUCGCGCGUCGCAGCGCCGGCCACGGUCCCCGCCCGCCCGCGCCCCCGCUCGCGCCCUGACGGCCGGCCCCGACGGGACCCCGGCGGCCGCGGGCUGCGCCGGUGCCAUGGGGCUGCCGACGCUGGAGUUCAGCGAUUCCUACUUGGACAGCCCGGACUUCAGGGAGCGCCUGCAGUGUCACGAGAUCGAGCUGGAGCGAACCAACAAGUUCAUCAAGGAGCUGAUUAAGGACGGCUCCCUGCUCAUCGGGGCGCUGCGGAAUCUGUCUAUGGCAGUACAGAAAUUUUCCCAGUCACUGCAAGACUUCCAAUUUGAAUGUAUUGGUGAUGCUGAAACAGAUGACGAAAUUAGUAUUGCUCAGUCACUAAAAGAAUUUGCAAGACUACUCAUCACAGUAGAAGAAGAAAGGAGAAGACUGAUUCAAAACGCUAAUGAUGUAUUAAUUGCGCCACUUGAGAAAUUUCGAAAAGAACAGAUAGGCGCAGCAAAAGAUGGGAAGAAGAAGUUUGACAAGGAGAGUGAAAAAUACUAUUCUAUUCUUGAAAAACAUUUAAAUUUGUCUGCGAAGAAAAAGGAGUCUCAUUUGCAAGAGGCAGAUACACAAAUUGACCGAGAACAUCAAAACUUCUACGAAGCAUCGCUAGAAUAUGUCUUUAAAAUUCAAGAAGUUCAAGAAAAAAAGAAGUUUGAAUUUGUCGAACCACUUUUGUCAUUCCUUCAGGGUUUGUUUACUUUUUACCACGAGGGAUAUGAACUCGCCCAGGAAUUUGCACCAUAUAAACAACAGCUGCAGUUCAACUUGCAGAAUACAAGGAAUAAUUUUGAAAGUACUCGACAAGAGGUCGAGCGGUUGAUGCAAAGGAUGAAAUCUGCCAACCAAGAUUACAGACCACCCAGCCAGUGGACGAUGGAAGGCUACCUUUACGUCCAGGAGAAACGACCACUUGGUUUUACAUGGAUUAAACAUUAUUGUACGUACGAUAAAGGAAGCAAAACAUUUACAAUGAGUGUUUCAGAAAUGAAAUCCAGUGGGAAAAUGAACGGCCUUGUCACCAGCUCACCAGAAAUGUUUAAAUUAAAAUCUUGUAUCCGACGAAAGACGGAUUCAAUUGACAAACGAUUCUGCUUUGACAUAGAAGUAGCUGAAAGGCAUGGGAUCAUCACAUUGCAGGCCUUUUCAGAAGCUAACCGGAAACUCUGGCUCGAAGCCAUGGAUGGGAAAGAACCAAUUUAUACCCUGCCUGCCAUUAUGAGCAAGAAAGAAGAAAUGUACUUAAAUGAAGCAGGGUUCAACUUUGUGAGAAAAUGCAUUCAAGCUGUGGAAACAAGAGGCAUCACAAUUUUAGGCCUCUACCGAAUAGGAGGAGUGAACUCCAAAGUUCAGAAACUCAUGAACACCACAUUUUCUCCCAAAUCCCCUCCUGAUAUGGACAUUGAUAUUGAACUGUGGGAUAAUAAGACAAUAACGAGUGGACUGAAAAACUACCUCAGGUGCCUUGCAGAACCACUAAUGACCUACAAGCUGCACAAAGAUUUUAUUCUUGCUGUUAAAUCUGAUGACCAAAACUACCGGGUGGAGGCUGUACAUGCACUGGUACACAAAUUACCAGAGAAAAACCGAGAGAUGCUGGACAUCUUAAUAAAGCACCUGGUCAAAGUAUCACUACAUAGCCAACAAAAUCUCAUGACUGUCUCAAACCUCGGUGUCAUAUUUGGCCCAACUCUCAUGAGAGCACAGGAAGAAACUGUGGCUGCUAUGAUGAAUAUUAAGUUUCAGAAUAUUGUGGUUGAAAUUCUGAUAGAGCACUAUGAAAAGAUUUUUCACACCGCCCCAGACCCAAGCAUCCCUCUUCCUCAGCCUCAGUCGCGGUCUGGAUCCCGAAGGACACGCGCAAUCUGCCUCUCCACAGGCUCCCGGAAGCCCAGAGGGAGGUACACUCCGUGCCUGGCUGAACCUGACAGCGACUCCUACAGCAGCAGCCCAGCCAGCACACCCAUGGGGAGCAUUGAGUCCCUCUCCUCUCACUCCUCUGAACAAAACAGCACGACAAAGUCCACCUCCUGCCAGCCCAGGGAGAAGUCCGGAGGGAUUCCCUGGAUUGCAUCCCCGUCACCGUCCAAUGGACAGAAAAGUCUUGGUCUCUGGACAACUAGUCCUGAAUCCAGUUCUAGAGAAGAUGCAACCAAAACGGAUGCAGAAUCAGAUUGCCAGAGCGUGGCCUCCGUCACCAGCCCAGGGGACGUUUCUCCACGCAUAGACCUGGCCAAGAAAGGGUCUCAUGGGACUUCAGGACAGAAAAGAGCCUCAGCUACCUUCCUCAGGUCCCUCGCUGCCGCUGAAGGAAACAAGAGUUAUAGCGGUUCCACUCAAAGCUUAACUUCCAUAGGUUCCAAAGAGACGCCUAAAGCCCCACCAAACCCAGACCUGCCUCCAAAAAUGUGCAGGAGGUUAAGGCUAGACACUGCCUCGAGCAACGGCUACCAGCGACCGGGCUCCAUUGUGGCAGCGAAAGCCCAACUGUUUGAAAAUGUUGGUUCAGUUAAGCCAGUUUCUUCUGGGCGCCAAGCCAAAGCCAUGUACUCCUGUCAAGCAGAGCACAGCCACGAGCUCUCCUUCCCACAGGGGGCGCUCUUUUCUAAUGUGUACCCAUCAGUGGAACCAGGAUGGUUGAAGGCAACUUAUGAAGGCAAAACAGGACUAGUCCCAGAAAAUUAUGUUGUCUUCCUCUAAUACUAUUUAGUGGAUGGCAGUAUCUUCAUGGUAUCCAUGGUAACAAGUAAUACGUGCUAUGAUUUUAUCUGACACAGAUAUGGCAAUCAGCCCACUAAAUGAAAACAGACAAUUUCUAUCAAGCCCUACACCAGCAGACUAUGUAGCUCCCUAUUAAUGGAAAAGGAAAAAAAAAAAGUUUAAAUUGUUUGCCAUUCUUUUUAUUAUUUUUUUUACCCAUUUCUUGUCUUAAAAUAUCUUUCUUUUUGAUAAGUAAGUUUCCACAAUGACUCCAUAACAAUUGAGAAUCUCAAAUACUGUAUAAGCACUAUAUCCCAGAAAUUUGAAAACUAGAUAUUUGAUAGAGGGAUUUUGGGAUCUGCCCUUCACUGUCUGGCAUUCUCUGAGAAACCUUGGAAUCGUUACUUAAAAAUGUAAUGUAAACUGUUCGUUUAUGAUUUUUUUCUUUAAAAAAUAUACUGCUUUUAUAUAUGAUUGUUUUGCUGGUCCUAAACAUUUCAAGGAAAUAAGUUUUGUUUUUUUCUUGUAACUUUAUUUUUGUUUACCAAGGAAGAUGAUAAUACUCAAAAGCAAUGAUGUACAUAAUGCCUGUAAAUGAAGCCAAAAUAAGUCAUACACUGAGUCCACUGGAAACACUCCAUCCAGACGCCUCCCAUAGGCUUUGAGUAGGGACCAGCGAACUACUUCUGUGAAGGCCUGAUAGUGAAUACCGUGUCCUUUGCAAGCCCUAUAGUCUCCAUCACAAUACGUAACUGCCAUCGUAGCAGAAAGCAGCCACAGACAAUAAGAAAAAAGAUCGGGGAGGCUGUGAGCCAACUCAACUUUAUAUAUGGACCCACCCUGAAACUUGAAGAUCAUAUAACUAUCUUGACACGAAAUAGUCCUCUUUGACCAUUUUCAGCUGCUGGAUCAUACAAAAACAGGCAGCAGGUCCAGUGUUACUCAUGGAUUGUGGUUUGCUGAGCCCUGGUUUAGAGGAUGUGUAAAACUACCUUUAUUACUUAGGGAUUUCUAUGAAAUUUUACUACAUUACAUACAAAUACUGAUAAAUUAUAUGCACAUAAUAGCAUCACAAAAGCAUAAUUACCAUCUGAGGAAAACAAUGUAAAAGUGUAGGUGUACAACUUAAAUUCUACUUGUAAUGUUGAAGUGUCAAAGAAUUCUGUUGAUACCUAAUUUUGGCUGAUGAGAAAUUCUCUCAUCAAAUGAUCAAGAAAUGUUUAAGAUACUGGUAGAGAAGCUAUGCCUUCUAAAGUCUAUGCUUAGUUGAAACAAUGUAAGCAUAAAGGUACAGGACUCUUAAAUUAUUUUGAACCACCACAUUUUUAAGGGUUUUAUCAUUUUUAGCAGGAAUAAAAUGUGUACAUGAUUUUUAAAAAUGCCAUUUAAUUUACAGUCUUUAUUAGGAAUUUCACUGAAUUUAUAGAGCAUAGACAUUUACUACCCAUUUAUAUAUGCCGUCAACAGCUGGUCACGCAUUUCUGUUAUUUCAAUAAUUCUGUUUCAGUAAUUCUAAUAUAUUAUUUCUAUAAGUAUUUGCAUGUGGCAAAGAGCCUUUCUUCUCAAGAUUUCAAAAAGCUGGUUACCUGUCAUUUAACUGCCACAGCGCAGGCCCACUGGACUGUAUUUUACUUGUUACUUUAGAGUUCUCCACUGUACAGGCACUCAGGUAUUGACUGUAUAAAACUCUUUUUAUGUGAUAUUAUAAUCUGUAAUCUCAGUCUCUUCUACUUUAAAGUAAUGUCUCCAGAGUUAAUAGAAUAUACACUCACAUACGCAUGUACACACUAUGCCUUGGAGCGUUUAUGCUUUUAAAAUUAAAAGUGGAAAAAUAGAGUAGAAUUUAAAAAUAAAGAGAAUAACAGUAGGUGGGGUCACAACCAGAAAUAAAUAUCAGUGCAUUGGAAUGAAAAACUAUUUAAUGUUAUAAAAAUCAGUAAUAUAAUGAAAAAAUCUGAUAAAUGUUUCUCUUUCUUUCUUUCUUUCUUUCUUUUUUUUUUUGCUUUCCUCCUGCUGUUCAUUUUUUGUACAUGAUAAUUGGGUGUUGCUAGAGCUUCUUGAUCUCUAGUCCCUUGGUGGCCUUUAUUGGUAAUAAUAGCUUUGCCGACACCCUCGACUACCCUCUGCUGGAACAGAAGGUUGUCUUUCCACAGUAACUGCCAGUGCCUUAGUCUAUACAGCGCUCUCACUGUGACCACCCUUGCCAUCGUCUGGCAUCCUACCAGAUUAGAACCUCUUAAAAGCAAAUUGAUUUUCUUUCAUAGACCAACCUGACUCCAAAAAGAGAUUCAGAAUUCUACUUCACUUGCUGCUGCACAAGGAAAUCUCACCCUUCAUUGUAUUUUCACACAGACCAGAGUGUUCCUGCCUCUGAGUUGUCUGCGAGCUAAUUUCAGUCGGGAAUUAAGCUUUUGCUGUCUAGGAUGUGGCAUGGAGUGCUUUCUCCUGGUGAGGCGUGGCUGUGGCAGUACAUGCUGUGGUCCUUUUUUGAAACAAGCUACAAAAGUGCUUCUUCAAAUCGUGGUUUUGUUUGAAGUGUUAAUCUUACAGAUUUUUUGAGGAUGGUUCUUUUUUCUGUAUACCGAGUACACGUGUAAGCAAGUCAUGGCUAUAUACAGGGUGUCCCCAAAAAAUGUGUACGCACUUUAAUAGCUGAUAGCUCAGUUCUGAAAUGAAAUGUAUUUUAAUAAACACUGCCUUUAUAAUUAUUCAGAGUGUGUGUAUACCUUUUAGGGGAUACCCUAUAUAUCGGAGAUAGACUACAACUGCUUUUCUCACAAAAUGAAUUUCCUGCAGAUAAGGUGUUUAUGAGCAGAGGGAAAAUCUAAACAUGUGCUCUGCAUCACAAUAUUAAUUACACAAGAAGGUAAUGCCAAUCAUGGGGAGAUCAGAUUCCAAAGUGUAACAGCAUUUCAAUGAUAAAACCUUAGCUUGUCAGAGACAAUGUGAAGUUGUUAGAAUUGCUACAUCCACACCCUCCAGGCACACAUGUGUAUUCUAAUCACUGGUUACAGUAUAAUCAGUAUGAAGGUGAGGUUGAUGAGUCUAAGUCAGUCAUCUUAGGUGUUGUGUGAAAAUAUCCCCAAGGGCAAACAUUUAUGUAUUUAACAGGUGACUCUUUUUGUACCAUAACUCUACCAAGUUGAAAGAAACUAGUCCAUCAACUGAAGGCUUAUGCUGCUCUGUGAAUAUAUAUGUCUGAACAGUAAAAUAAUGCUUGUAUUCCUGUAGCGCCCACGAAGGAUGAGGAAGCGCUGUUGCUCCUUGUUUGAUGUGCAUGGUUUUGCUAAUUGGGUCAGCACUCUGUGCUUUGUAAUAUGAAUGAGUACAACCAGGUUUCUCAACAAUAGCUCGAUUGCUGGCUCUUUCAGGAAUGGGUGGAGAAAAAAAAAAAAAGAGUACCUUACGGUACAAUCCCCAAUGAUCCAGGUUCCCAAACAGGGAAAAUAAAGAUACAUACUGACUUUUAUUCUUAUUCUAGAUCUUUGGUUUUACAUGUUGUGGCAUGCUUUCUAAAUUUCCACCAUGUUGUAAGAAAAAUAAACCUGGCGCGUUAAUCCUGUGAAGGUGUCCCUGCUGACCUCCCGCCCAGCCUCAUCCUUCAGCUCUGUCUGAUGUGAGAGGAGAUCAUCCAUGUGGAUGCUGGUGCAGAAGAGACCCGCAGAGCCUUCCUUCAGACACCUUCAGUUUGUUAACGAGCCCCUUGAAUUAGCAUCUCAAGCCCCAAUUUGAUUUAUACUUUAUUGGCUGACGUUAGAGGCAGAGCAAUUUAAGAGCAGGUUUUGUUCUUUGGUUUUAACAUAUAUUUCUAAUUUGUAGCUGUUACUCUGACCUAAAAACACUGAGUGGGACCUAAAAAAUAUAUCCCCUGGAAAAGAGACUUGACCAUUGUCCAAACGUUAUUUUGCUCUUGACUAGAGGUUUUUCACUUAGGGUAGAAAUUGCUAUUUAAUUUUGCCUUUUAUCUUCCAAAAUCAAAACAUAUUUUACAAAUGAGGUUAACCUUCCUGAAUAGUAUAUAUCCCAUCCUGGCUGUCUCCUGUUAAACCACAGGCUUAUCAAUAUCAGGUAUUUAUUACCUAGUCUCACAUCUCCUGAACACAUUCAUUGUAUUCUUCAUUGUUCCCAAUAUCUUCCUGCUUCAGAUGUGCAGGUCCCACUUGGUGGUGACCUUGUACAAACCCAGACUUAUGAAUAACAUGGACUUUUAGAGGAUCCGAUCAAGAAAUAGGAUUUUAAGAAAAUGUUUAGUGCAGCUGCAUCCACUGUUAUAAAUAAGGAAUCUCAACAAGAAUGCUGACAGCACUUACAAGAAGCCAGGCAAAAAACUGGUCUUCACUAGACCAGUGCUUAGAAGCAGUUGUAUGAGGUAGGGAUGUAGUAGGUCACCACUUCUCCCCUGGCCCUCACCAGAGAGAUGCCAAGUUCAAAGCUGAUUAUUUCUUAGUACUAUAGGGAGAGAUGGAGUCUGUGUGUUUACUGAGGAGUCCCCAAGGGCAGGUGCCAUUUACAAUGAUUACAAACAUAGAUAUCCUCCAUCACCAUAGAUGUGCUUGUACAGGUCUACAUGAGGCAUUUAAGUGUUGGAAGUGGGUGUGGGCUGAAGAUGCCAAUGCCAUGUGAACUAGAAGACCAUUUUCUCCCCUCAUGUAUUACCUGCCACCUCUCAGCAGUGUUCCCCAUGGUUUUUACCUUCCAGGGUUGAGACCAACCCAGCUUCGCCUUGAAUUCACUCAGUCUCUAAAAUGGCAAUGUGCAUUGUUCAGGAUGUGGCAGCAUUGUUAGCGGUUUUAUAUCUGCCUCUGUGUCUUCACUCACCUGUCUUUUACAGAGCACACUGUUAAAAUCUGAGGUAUCACCACGUAUGGAGAGCCAUGAUUUCAGGAGUCUUCUUGAACUCUGCGCUGAAACCUUUACAGAUAAAUAGGGAGUUUGUCAGGGAAGAUGACUGUUUUUUUAAUUCAGAAUCCUAUUUAUAUACUGUUAAAAUUUGAGGUACUAUAGUUUAUGUAAAAGUUGAAUAUUUAGAUAUUAUAUUUUAGUUCUAGGAAUUUCUUUGCAUCCAUUAACAUGACAAGUUAAGUAAUAAAUAUGAUGAAAAUGAUUGUCAGUAAAUUAUCAUAUUGAAUUUUUUGUUUAUUUUGUAGUGUUUCUGUAUUUAUCUGCACUUUGUGUAUAUAUAUAUACACACAUAUACAAAAUGUAAAUAACCUCGUGCUAUUUCUAAUCUAAUUUGCCACAAUAUCUUUGAUGUAUGUUUACACUGUGUUUUAAAUUUCUUUAAAAAUAAACGAUGUAAACAAAC